UAUAACAGUGAGUCAUACAGUGUCAGAAACCACACAAUCAAGUCUAUAAGGGAUACUGAACAAGUACACGCAGUAUGAAGAUUAAAGCAGUGCAUGUAAGCCAACUGGUACGGUACAACUUUCAGGCUACCUGUGCCUCAUAGCCUCACUGCUAAAGUCAAAGAAGCAAACUUGAGACAUUAACCACACCUUGGCUGAUCAGCUGCAUCUGGGGUAAAUGUAAGUUUCUGAGAGACUGCUUCUGCUUUAUGUGGAAGUAUCAGUCUUUCGUUAACUCUUAGCCCCAUAGCUCCAGUGCUAAAAUGAAGCAAACACAUCUUAAAUGGCUUAAUCAAAAAUUAUAUAUAUAUAUUCCCCAUAAUAAACUUCGCAGUCGUGUUCCUUUUGAAGAGAUCUACAUAGACAGCGCGUCUUAUGCUUCAGAGGUAAUAGGCAAAGCAAGUCAGCUGCUGUGCAGGAAACCUUGUUUAGUCACAUGCUUGUGGUAACACAGGCCACUUCAAUGGAACUGGACUGCUCAUGUAAAGGACAAAGGAAGGUAGGCAUGAAAAACAGAGAGUCACUGUUCUGAAAACACAGAACUCAGUCUGUCAGAUCUCGAAGAUCCUCAAGGUGUGCCCAAACACAUUCCUCAACACCUACUGCAUUGCGUAGCACAUGACAUAACCUGGUACACUCAGACAUCCAAAUCUAUAACCUUACUGUAUAUGACAAUAACACGAAUGUACAUCAUGUAUAACGUAAAUGAACACAAUGUUUAAUAUAAAUGUGUGUGCUAAUAAUGUACAUAUGUAAUAAGAGUUGUGAUACUCUGGUCUGAGACUGAGUGGCUCUGGCUGGGUGGGGCUGAGUGAUUGGUCAAGGUUUUGGCCCUGUCCCGUACAGAGAGAGACGGAUAGGGGUGGUUUGUGAAUUUCAGAGGUGCUUAGAUGGACGAACUUGGGUCAUUUACCCUUAAUAAACCUUGCUGUUUCAUGAUUUGCUUGUUGUUGCUCACCUGAACCUUACAUUUGUUUCCUGAAGUCCAGUUUGUGCUGAAUCAUGCACUGGAGGUUGGUUUGGCAGGUAGCACUAUCUACCUGGUUUCUUUUCUUUUUUUUCUCAGUGAGUUUUCACACUGGCGCACACCUGUUUUCCUGCCUUAUUUCAAAGCGCCUCUGACGGAGCUCUGGACAGCAUCCACAUCCAAAAGUCAAAAAAGGCCACGACUGAGGACGUAGGAUUUCAGCCAAGAAAUGAUGUCAAAAGCUUCCAUUGGACAGUCUCGAAACAUCGUCAUAGGCAGCCUUCUGCUGCUGUGCUCUGCAGUUAUUUUCUACAUUUACUAUGAGCCAACUAUGAGCUGGCGGCCUUGCUCUGAAACUCCACUAUCCAAAGAAGACAUCUGUACAAAGGCAUGUCUCCAUGUUCCUAAGGUGGAGAACCAAAGUCAAAUUAUUACUAAUUGCACUUCAGUCCAGGAAAAGAUGUCAGCCAGUCAAUCACCAAGUUUGGAAAAGGAAGAUGCUGCAAACCCCCAUGAAUCUGAGACAAUUGUCUUAAUAUGGAAGUGGCCUUUUGGAUACCAGUUUGAAUUGGAAUCCUGUGAGUCAGAUUAUGGCAUUAAAGGCUGUCAUCUAACAGCUGACAGAAAUCUAUUUGACAAAGCACAUGGUAUAAUGUUCCAUCUUAGAGACAUCGGAGGUGAGGUACAGUACCUGUUGACAUUAUCUCGAUCUCCACGGCAGAAAUGGGUAUGGAUGAAAAUGGAGUCUCCAGCUAACUCACCACAGCUGAAUGGAGCAGAUGACUUAUUCAACCUGACAUCAAACUAUAGGAGAGAUUCAGACAUCUGGGUUCCUUAUGGACGAAUCAAAGAAAUCUCUGAUAAGGACGAACCCUUUAAAAUCCCAGAAAAAGACAAAUUAGUCUGCUGGAUUGUCAGCAACUGGAACAACAACUAUAGACGAGUGGGUUACUUCAAUGAAUUGAGCCAACACAUCAAAGUUGAGACUUAUGGACGGCACUUUGGUAGAUAUGUAAACGGUGAAGAUUACGGUCCAAUCGUAUCAAGCUGCAAGUUCUACUUAUCGUUUGAGAACUCCAUCUAUAAAGACUAUAUCACAGAGAAGCUCUUCAGCCCGAUGAGACUUGGCACAGUCCCUAUAGUUCUCGGUCCAUCCAGGGAGAAUUAUGAGGAAUUUAUACCGAAAGAUUCUUUCAUCCAUGUUGAUGAUUUCAAAACACCACAAGAAUUGGCAGAACAUCUCAAACGUGUGGACCAGAACCAGGAGAUGUAUGAAAAGUACUUUGCUUGGAGAAAAGACUUUGCUGUGCAGAACACUUUGGGUCACGAGCAUGCUUGCCGUAUUUGUGAGCAUUUAAAGAGGCACAAGAAUUUCAAAAUAUUCAAAAAUGUUAAUAAGUGGUUUUGGAGCUAGCUGGAUUGUUGCAACGUCAGCUUUGUGGUGUUGACUCAGAGGAAAAGCUUGAUAACAUAAAGAAUCUAGAUUCAAAUAUCUGGUAUAUUAUGUCGGCUAUAGUCAAGAUCUAAGCCAGUCAAGAUCCAAGCCGUAGUUUCAGAUACCUUUCAUAUAUUUGAGAAUAGCCUCCUACAUGAAUGAAAUGUGAUCUUAUCAAAUGUAUCCAGUUCUAAAGCAGCUGAAGAAGUAACAGAUCAUGUGAACAUUAUCUGGAUAUUUUUGUUCAAAAGUAUUUUUAAAAAGUCGAGUAAGAAUCAUCUUCCAUCUGUCUUCAAUCUUUAACAAUUCAAGUUUAUGAUGCACGUUAUUUAUGUUGGUUCUAUAUGGACAUUGCAAUGUAAUUCUUGCUACCUUAUUUAGCAUUUUUGCAGUUUCAUCAAAUGUGUCUUUGCUGCAUUUGACCAUAUUGCAGCAGAAUAAAUUACAACUAAAUUACACAGUACCAGUGAUUCUGACAGUAGUUUGUGACAUUGGUGUUAAAAAUGUUGCGCAUCUUCUUAUUACUGAUUUAGUUGCUUUUUAAAAUGAUAUUCUCAAUAUGUUUUGACUAUGAUAAUUGCUAAUUGUAACACCUAAAGGUUGUACCUCUUGAACUUGUACUAUGUCUUCUUUGCCUGUAUUUAAUGUUAACUUUUAUUCUCCUUUCGGUGAUGAUUUGGAUCCUUUUUGUUUUCUGUACAUUCAAUAUACGUUGUUUUUUUUGGGGGGGGGGGAGUUGCAGCAAUUUUUCAGAUGUUUUCUCAUUUUGUAUAGGUCUUAUAAGCUUUUCAACCUCUUCCUCAGUUAUGUGACAUUUUUUUAAUUCGCACUGUUUUUCUUUCACAACAAGCUCUUCAAUAUUUACACAUGCCUGUUCACUGACUCUCGUCAACUGAUCUCGUUUUGAAGAUUGUCUAUUUUCUUUAUAAAAUUUGCAGUUUUUCCUGGUUUGGUUAAGAAAGACCCUUCUAUCUCAAUAAAAGAUGCCAAUGAGUUAUCA